GAUACGACCGAUAGUUUCGCGAUACAAGUUACAACAAUAAUGAGUCACGCUUAUUCGUUGUUAUCACGAGGAAAAUGUAAGGUAAACUCGCUCUACUCUCACGGUCUUCCGCGACGUCUACUCAAGUAUAAACAUAUACAUAUAUCUUUUACUCGUGUUGUCUGAGUCGUCGAAGAUGGGUGUUAAAUUUGAAAACGAAUUCUCUGCUGUCAAUUGCUUAGAAUGCAAUUGGGUGCGAUAAACUGUACGUUGUAUCGUCAGUUUCUAGAAUGAAAAAAGAAAAAAGAAGAAAUGUAAGUAAUGUGACCGCCCGUAUAUUAAAAGUUUCAAGUUUUCUUGGAAAUUCUAUAAUCGAUACGUGCCGUGCGCGGGAGAGUCUUCGCAAAAUGAAUUCACAGAACGUGCUUGUCAAUGGGGCUUGUCAAUCUACGACUUCUACGUAAAUAUCAUCCCUGUCUUCUAUGAGAACCGCGUGUCACUCUUUACCCGUAAGGAGACAUACUGCAAUUGCUGUGAGAAACUAUCGUAAGGGUAUAGCAUUUCUAUUUUAUAUUAUGUGUGUACAAUAUAUAUAGAUAUAUAUUGUAUGAUAUGUGUUUGAGAUCUCAGGCUAUUUCUCAUAGUACCAUGGGAUGAGGACUUGAAUGAAACGAGAGGACUUUAGCGACAAAUUUUAAAUCAGUCGUUCAUGCGAGGUCAGAGACGAAGGAUCGCCUGCGAGCUAUGGAUACCGUUAUUUGGGAUCAUCAUUAUGACAUUGUUAAAAGAGUCUCAUCGUUGGCUGGCCAGUGGCCUUACCAGAGACCAAAAACAAGAUUGCUCUGUGUCGGCUUGGUGACCCUGAGCACAUUUUCUAUGAAUGUUCCACAGAUGGCCAGAUUUGUAACAUGUGACAAAGACUUGCAAUGUAUUUUUGAAACCAUGACAUCAUUUAUGUUAGCAACCAUGAGUUUGGUGAAACUGUACACGUGCUACCUUAAUCGUUACAAAAUGAAAGAGCUCACCGAUCAUUUGUUUGUCGACUGGAAUGCACUGGAAACGUCAGAAGAGUACAAAAUUAUGACGAAAUAUGCCAAGAAUGGCAGACGAUAUUCCUUGGGAUACUCGUUGUAUUGCUUUGUAGCCCUUUGUCUAUUUUUGUCAAUGUCUCUCAUACCGCAAGUGUUGGAUGUUGUACUACCUCUCAACAAAUCCCGCCCUAUUCUACUGACGUAUCCAGGAUAUUACUUCGUCGAUGAAAGAGAAUACUUCUUCUACAUCUUCUUGCAUGCUGUCGUAGCCUGGGAAAUUGCUAUAACUGGAUUAGUCGCCCACGACUGCAUAUUUGUUACUUACGUUGAACAUGUUUGCAGUAUGUUUGCUAUAGUCGGAUUUCGUUUUGAACAUUUAUUUUGUAAUCAAUGCAACAACCAAGUGAAAACUAUUGAUACUGAUAAUACGAAUGAUACACCCUGCAAAAGAGUCGCGUUCAUUGUGCACGCGCAUCGAGAAGCUUUAAGGUACGCGCAACUUCUUGAAGAUACCUUUAACGUACCUUUCGCUAUGCAGAUACUGAUAGUGACGAUAGGGAUGAGCAUUACAUUGCUACAAAUGAUGCAGCAGAACGACAGCAGCAACUUUUUAGAAACAAUGAGGUACGCGUUGUACGUCAUUGGUGAACUGAUACAUUUGUUCUUUCUCAGUUUCGAAGGGCAAAAGCUGAUAGAUCAUAGUCUUCAGAUACGCGACAAAAUGUAUAAUAGCUGUUGGUACAAAGUAUCCAUCAAGUCACAAAAAUUAAUUAUAUUGGUGAUGAUAAGGGGUCUUCGAUUGAGUUUCUUAAGCGCCGGCAAAGUUUACAUUUUCUCUCUGGAGAGCUUUACUACGGUUCUACAAACUUCAAUGUCAUACUGUACGGUACUCGCGUCCUUUCAAUAGCUGCUGCUUUCAAUACGUGCCAUUCGAUUAAUUGCACG